UGACAUCUAUUUCAUGAGCUGCAUACAAAAUAGACUUGUGUCUCGUUCAUCACUCCGGAAGUAGCACUUAUAAGCAACGCUGUAUGUAAUGUAUAUUAUAAAUAAAUGGAGUGCGUUAUUAACUGUUGUUGGAAUUUUAAGCUUCCAUACUACCGAUUCCCAGAUACGGCCGGGAGGAAAAAUGACACCAAAAUUUAUAAACACAAUUCUAAAGUUACAUAAUGACUACCGGAGAAGUGAAGGAGCAUCCAAUAUGAAACAACUGAGAUGGAGUCGAAAAUUGCAGAAUGACGCACAAGCCUGGGCAGGUAAAUGUAGGUAUGCACAUGCAUAUGGUAAAUGGGGAGAGAACGUGUUUAAAGCUGAAUCUUUUUUGCCGGAUGAUGUUCUGAUAGAACGGGCUGUCAGUGAAUGGUAUUUUGAGAAGAUGAGCUGGAAAUUUACACCUGAUUGUUCUGAGGCUUGUCAUUACACGCAGGUUGUUUGGGCAGAAUCGGAAGAAAUAGGAUGCGCCUUCAAACGUUGUACAACUUUAUUUUUGACAGAAGAAUUUAUACCAAAUGGUUGGAUGUUGGUUUGUUAUUACAAUCCACAAGGAAAUAUAAUAGGACAGAUGCCAUAUACUCAUGGUAAACCAUGUAGUACUUGUAAACAGGGAUAUACAUGUAGCCGAAAACUUUGUGGCAAAGGAGCAGUGGCAGGACGGUAUAUGCCUCAUAAUAAUCCACGUCCAGUACCUCCUAAUAAUCCUCGACCAAAACCAACACCUAGAGUUAACCGGGCACCACCACAUCCAAUACAACUCAGACAACACACCUCUCAUUCAGCUCGCCCUCAAGCAAACAGACAUAAAUCAGGUCCAAACGCUCCACCACCUCCUGCGUACAGAUACCAACCAGCGGCAAAUCAACCACCAAGAACAGCGGCUAAUCAACCACCAAGACCAGCAGCUCAUCCUCCCCGACAACCAGCUCAUCCUCCACGGCAACAACUGCAUCCUCCAAGACAACCAGCUCCUCAUAAUACUAGAGCACCUGUUCGUCAAUAUCAGGCACAACCAAUGCAACAAUCAUAUCCAAGUCAAAAACGAGCAAACCCGCCUCAGCCACAACCACAAGCAACCGCUCAAGUUCAAUAUAUAUCGGGGAAAGUCCUAACUGGUUGGAUGCCAGUAAAGACACCACCAAGAUCUCAACAAAUAUCACACAACAAUCAAACAAGCUUUCCUCCACUAUCAAAUCCUGUUUUGUCUGGAAAUACAAUAAUCAAAAGUGUUAAACCUAUACCAACAAAACGACGACAAGAGCAAAAUCCCUAUUCAGGUGGGCGUUCGGCACCCUCAUCUCAGAGUAAUGGAGUUCAAUAUCCUCAACCAUCACCUGUCAAACACCAACAACAAUAUUCUGUUCAACAGCCAAUACAACAGCAGCCGCAAAUUCAACAUCAACCAAAACCUUCACCUCAUCAGCAAACACAUUUUAAAUACCAACAACCACAAUUACACCCCCCUGUUCCUGUUAACACGCAACAAUUAUCGGUACACCAAGCUCCUAAGCGAUAUGAACAGCAACAACAGCCUCAGCAGCAAGUAGCUCAGCCAGCACCUCAACCUUAUAGACAGCCACAACAAUCACAACACGUACCAGUACAACAGCCUCAUCAAAUAGUCCAGUCAGCACCACAACCAUAUAGACAGCCGCAACAAUCACAGCACGUACCGGUUCCACAACCUCAGCAAGCAGUCCAGUCAGCACCACAACCAUAUAAACAUACACAACAGUAUCCCAAAGGAGUCCAGCAACAAUACAGACCGCAACCUAACACUAAUCAAAGACCAACUGCUUAUGCUCCUCAACAAUAUCAAAAUCCUUAUUCCGUAAAUACCUCCAAUCAUAUCCCAAAUGAUCAACGAGGAUCUGUGCAGCCAUACCCACAGAAUGGUUAUCAGGCUCAAGGCCAACCGUACCAUCAAUAUCAAGGACAGAGGUCUCCUCCACAAGCUCCAGCACCAGCGUAUCCUCAGUAUCAAGAACAAAGACGUCCACAACCUGUACAUGUCUUUGUUGAUCCUCGUCCAAUAUACGUACCACCUGCACCGGCGCCCCCACCAACAACCACAACUCCCCCGCCUCCACCGCCAACAUGUUAUGAUCAAGACAAAAAUUGUAAACAUUGGGGAGUUUAUUGUACAAGUAAUCCUUAUGUUCACGAUAAUUGUCGCAAGACAUGCAGUACCUGCACUAUACCAAUGCCACCUAUAGUGCCAGAAAAAGUGCUUCACACAACUGCCACUCCAAUGACAACUCCUCGGCCGUCUAUAGUUCCUUCUAAUCCACCAUCACCAAUCACAGCUAGAACUGAUCAUCAUAGAAAUCCAAUGAGACAUCCACCGAGAAGAACUCUACCACCACAAAUGCACAAUAACUAUCCUACAACAACAGCAGCAUAUUAUCCACAAACAACAGGGUUUAACCAGCAACAAGCACCAACGCAUGUACCUGCACAAGGUGCACACGGUGUUCCUGGAUUCGGACUAUGUACAGACUUCGAUCAGCGAUGCAAACAGUGGGCGAAAUAUUGUGGCAUUGACGAAUAUGUGGAUGAUAUGUGUCGAUUAACUUGUAUGAGAUGUCGUUAGAGCUACUAGUUUUAAAUCUGUCUUUUGUUGUAAAUUCAAUGUAUACGGUUAGUGCAAUAUGCUUCACCGUACACAUGUGAGCGGUGUUUUUGCACUAUUAAGUAUUUAUGUUGAGGGAUUUUUCAAUUUAAAGUUUUGUCGUGGUUGUGUCACCUACUACAUAAUUUAUUCUUCAAUCAAUAUUUGAAUGAAGGUAUGAGUGACUUAUUUGAACUUCGAAAAACACUGUGACAUUACUCCAUUAACUAAUGUUUUAUAAUGCAAAGCCUGACAUCUGUGACUGUACUGAAAUAAGCGAAAGUAUUCAAUUCCGAAAGGCAUUGUUAGUGCGAUAGUCAACAGUAUUUGCUUCAGAGUAUACAGACCACUUAUUUGUGAUCCCAUUGAAACGAAAGUCACAAUGUAUUUAAAUGUCCUAAUUAUUUAAUUCUCAAAAACUUGUU